AGCAAACGGACAAACCCGAGUAUUUCGAAAUCAACCUUACCUUGUCAGUCUUUGGUUUGGUUUGGAGAAGCUGCUCCAGGUAGAGAUCGGAGAGGGCUGUCCUGGCGGAGUCCACAGGCUCCAAUAUGACAGCAGAUCCACCUCAUGUAAUAACAAACUUGCCUUGAUGAAAGCAAAGCGCGAGAGGAGACCGAAGGGGCACCGGUGACGCAGUGAUUCAUCGAAAGUUCUGAAACUUUUAUGAUUUGAAAAUUACACAGAUCCUGUUCUGUGAGGUAUUGGAGAUGAUCGGGACGCUUAGCGGGAUCGUAAGAGCAGUUGCUCGGAAUAGGACUUUAUGGAGACACGGGAAGCAAGUCCGUGGGUACGCCUGCCCACCAGCAUCUACGCGCUUGCAUGAAAACUGUCUGGAACUCGAGUACAGAGGGACUCGGAUGCAUUUGGACUACGUGUGGUUGAGGGAUCACUGCCGCUCUGCCGAGUCCUUCAACAUCCAAACGCACCAGAGGAACUUGGACACCGGAAGUAUCGACCUCAACAUCCGGCCCGAUCACGUCCAAGUGGAAGAUGACGAUCUUAUCCUCACUUGGCCUGGUGGUCACACUUCCAAAUACCGCCUUAGCUGGUUAGCCGAGAACAGCUACGAGGGAAAGAAGCAGAGCGCCGUACAGCCACGCAUCCUUUGGAAUGCAGACAUUUAUAAGAACUCCCAUGUGGCCUCCUCCAAAUGGGAUGCAUUUAUGAACAGCGAGGAUGAAUUAAAAAAGUUCCUGCAGAACUACCUUCUCUACGGGAUCGCUUUUGUGGAUGACGUCCCCGCUACAAUCGAAGCCACAGAGGCCGUGACGCAGAGGGUUAGUCUUAUCAGGGAAACGACCUAUGGACGAAUGUGGUCCUUCACGUCAGAUUUUUCCAGAGGAGACACUGCCUACAGCCAGCUGGAUCUUGACCGCCACACAGACACAACCUAUUUUCAAGAACCGUGUGGAAUUCAGGUUUUUCACUGUCUAAAACACGAAGGUACCGGUGGAAGGAAUCUGCUUGUCGAUGGUUUCUAUGCAGCUAAAAGUCUUCGUAAGCGGUCGCCAGAAGAUUUUGAACUGCUUUCGCAUGUUCCGAUCAAACAUGAAUAUCUUGAACGCACUGGCAGCCACCAAAACCACAUGAUUGGCUUUGGACCCGUUCUAAAUGUCUAUCCUUGGAAUAAUGAGCUUUACAUGAUUCGGUACAACAACUUUGACCGAGCAGUAAUAAACACGAUACCUCAUGAUGUUGUUCGCCGCUGGUAUGUGGCUCAUCGCCAGUUGACCUCGGAACUCAGGCGAGCAGAGAAUGAGCUGUGGAUGAAACUGACUCCAGGAAAGGUGAUUUUUAUUGACAACUGGCGAGUCAUGCACGGCAGGGAGGCGUUCAGUGGCGUGCGGCAAAUCUGUGGAUGCUAUCUGAGCAGAGAUGAUAUUCUCAGCAAAUCACGAUGUUUGGGGCUUCAGGUAUAGCAAAUCGAAGAGAGCCCCUUAAGUUCCGUGAAGUACACUUGAAGGCAAUAAAUGUUUGAUUGAUGCUGCAUUUUGUAAUUUACUAUGAAAUGAAUAUUGAAUAUUGUCUGUCUUAGUUGACAGAUGUGUUUGCAGCUGAAUUGAAUGCAUGAAUGAUGCCCUCUGCUGGUUUUAAUGGUAAAAAAAAU